GUCAAUACUUCUCUUGAAAGAUAUGAAUAUCAGAAGUUAAAAAUGGAAGUACUACUGUUCCUAAAUAAAUAAGGGUUUUGCCAUGAUAUGAAUAUCACUAAAAAAUAGAGAUUGGACAAAAAGGUGACUUUUUUCUUUAAUUUUCAAAAUUAUGAAUAAAAAGGAAUGGACCAUUUUACCCUUAUUAAACCACCUAUCGCUACAGUGACCAACCCUAUAAUGACUUCCGCUCAGUGACCAAUUUUCACAAUGACUCCCGUUUAGUUACUAAUUCCCACAGUGACUCCCGCCGAGUGACCAGUUCAGCAGUUCCCACAAUGACCAUGGACAAGGAAAGCAGUUAUUGUUACACCCGUCAGUGACCUAAUUUUAAACGUUCUCCAGUGCCCCGACUAACCACUACCACCCCCUGACCAGUUAUUGCCGCCCAACUAGUCGCUACCACCGCUCGGGCCACUCACUGCCACCACCCCAGCCAGUCACCCCCACCCGUAUAGUGAGCUUCUUUUCCACCACUCGCACAGCUCUCCCCUAACCCCACCAACCCUACCCUACCCCAACGAACUGUUACUUUGUGCCCUGACCUCCUACAACCCGCAAUCAAACACAUCUACAAGGAUGCUGUCAGAUUUGCACAAUCAAAGCCCCAAAUCUGCGAAUCCGGAUAGAAGAAAGUUGGAUUUGCACAGUCAAAACCUCAGGUCUACAGAUUCCGAGAAAAAGAUGUCAUCGUAGGCAAGCGAUGGAUGUCCACAGUGCUCUGAGCUUCUCACUGUUGGUCCGAGCUCCUCUCUGCUGCUGGUGUGCUGUGAGAACGUCGCCAAUCUCACCGAUGAAGUUUGCCUUCGCCAAUUGAUGAGCUCGUCCACCGACAACAUCAGCUCCUCCAACGAUGGCAACACUCCACCACAGAUAGAAACAAUCCCUCUGAACAGCUUCGACGACGAAGAAACACGAAAGGGAAUGGCGGAUUGCGGACAAAAUAAAGGAGAAGAAAACAGAUUUUUUGUGGAGGCCGCAGGUGUGCUUGCAGCGAUGAAGGUCAGUGUCUUGUUAAAGGUUGUGGACGUCCGAGCGAAGGGGAAAUAGGUGCAAAGGGGCCAUCUAUGGUCUAUGGAUGUUAGAUGGUUGAAGCCUUGAAGGUCUGGAACUAGGGGUGGAUUCGGUUCGGGCCACCCGGCCCGGCCCGGUACUGUGCGGGCCCGGGACCGGCCCAGUCGGACGGUCCGGGACCGGGUGUGGACCCGAACCGGUGGGAAUAGGCGGGGCGGGCACGGUGCCGGAUAAAUGUGACCCGGCCCGGCCGGGUUGGGCCCGGGCCCGGGUCCGAUCUGAUUUUUUAAAAAAAUAAAUAAAUUGGGCUACUAGCUGUUGGGGGUGGGUUGGGGACAACCCAAACGGCUAUAUAGCCGUUGGGUGGGGUGCAGGGGGGUCCGGGGGGGUUGGGUGGGGUGGUGGGGGGUGGGGGUAAAAAAAUCUAUAAAUACUCCUAAUCUUAAACAUUUUUUCAUAUCUCAUUCUCCAAUUCUUCCUAAAUCUUAAUCUUAACUCUCUACUCUCUAAUUCUCUUAUUCUCCAUUCUCCAAUAUAUUAUAUUUAUUAUUUAUAGUUUAUAUUAAUUAUCUACUUAUAUAAACUAUAAAUAGAUAUAAAUAGUAUUAUAUUACUUAUAUUUGUUAUCUAAUUAUAUAUUACUUAUAUAUUUAUUAUAUCUAUUAAUAUAGUUGGAAUUAUAUCUAAUUAAUUUGAAGUCAUUCUAUUACUCCCAUCUGAAAGACCGAAAGUCCGAAAGAGGUACGAAAUUAUUCUAUUAUUUACACUUGUUUAAUUACUAAUUAAUUUGCUACAUUUGACUCUAGUUUAAAAAAUAUGUUGUACACAAAACUAGUUAAUUUACUAGUUAAUUUGCUAUAACUCGAUUUAAUAGUUACAUAAAUAGUUAGUUAGUUUUUUACAAUUUUUUAUUAAUUGCUACAUUUGACUCUAGUUUAAAAAAUAUGUUGUACACAAAACUAGUUAAUUCACUAGUUAAUUUGCUAUAACUCGAUUUAAUAGUUACAUAAAUAGUUAAUUAGUUUUUUACAAUUUUUUAUUAAUUGCUACAUUUGACUCUAGUUUAAAAAAUAUGUUGUACACAAAACUAGUUAAUUCACUAGUUAAUUUGCUAUAACUCGAUUUAAUAGUUACAUAAAUAGUUAAUUAGUCAAGGGGGGGAUUAGACGUAUUUGGGGUAAUGGACAACUUAGGAAAAAAUGCCAUGAUUAAUUGGAGUUCUUCUUAGAUAUAAACAACAUUUUCCUGCUUUUAUGAAACAAUAUGAUAACUAUAUUAUAAACCCGGCUGAGAUCGACACCUGUGAAAAAAUUUGUAAUGCUUUGAUAUAUUUUAAUAAUGCAACUGAAACUUUUAGUCAUGUUUAUAAACCUACCUCAAACCAAUUUAUUCGUGAAGCUGUUAAUCUCGCCGGUGCUUUUUCAAAUUUUGAGAAUGCUGAUUAUGUGAGUUAUUUUGCUAGUUUUAUGAAGGAAAAGUUUUUAAAAUAUUAUUCACAUAUUCCGCAUAUUUAUGGUAUUGCAUUAGUUCUCGAUCCUCGUUUUAGACUUGGUUCUUUAGAAGAAUGUUUGAAUUAUUAUUAUGCUGCUUUUUAUAGUCCAUUGCCAAUGUAUGAGGACAAUCCAAUUGAUCCGAAAAAAGAAUACAACGAGGUUAGUGAUAUAUUUUAUGCAUUAUUCAAUGAGUUUCAUGCACAAUAUGGCAAUGCGCCCCCUCCCCCGACACAAACAUCAUCUAAAGGAAAAUCAAUUUUCAAAUCUACGUUUGCCAAUCUUAUUAAAAAAACGAAAUCAACUCCCACUACACAACAAAGCACAAUUAAUGAGAUUUCUUUGUAUUUAACUUAUGAUGUUGAUUUUGAAGAAGAUGAUGAUUUUGACGUACUAAACUGGUGGAAGGGAAAAGAAAGAAUGUUCCCGAUUUUAGCAAAGAUGGCUAAGCAAGUGCUAUCAAUGCCGGUUUCAACGGUUGCCGUGGAACAAAAAUUUAGUUCGGUCGGCAAUGUCCUAACACAAACCAGAACGAGGUUGAGCGCUGAAUCUCUUGAGAUGCUUAUAUGCUACCACGAUUGGUUGAAAGCAGCCCGUAGAGAUCAAGAAAUUGACAUCACCCAUCCCAACACUUCAUGGAUGAAUCUACAACCGAGGGUGGCUCUACCUAUGCCGGAGAAUCCGAUUAAAAACAAUUAUAGUUCCUAUUUAAUUUUCAAAUGUAGUUCCUAUUUCAUUUCAAAUAAAUGCACUUG